CUCCUCUCUCUCAUAACCUUUUUUAGUCUUUAAGGUUAGUUUCUCAGUACCACCACGAAAGCUCAAAUUUAAGAUAAACUUGUAACUAUAUUAAGUAUUUCCCAAUGUUGAUAUAGCAGUUAUUUCUUCUUUAGCUAAUUAAGCUACUACUCAUGCAGUCAUUUACUGUAAUCUCACUUCGCAGAUUUUAAUCACCAGUGAUAAACAACAGAGAAUUAAUGCCAAUUGGGUUUUUGGUAAUUACCAUUAUUAGAAAGAAGUAUUAGCUAGCAAUAUAUAUAUAUAACAAUAAUGGGUGAACAAAGCCUCCCCAUAGCUCCAGAACCACCAGUCAUGGCGGCUAUGAACACAGAAAGAGAAGAGUACUGGAGGCACGUUGACAACUCUGUCAAUGCGGUGUCGUUUGGGUUCGUGGCCACUGCUAUUCUCAUAUCCAUGUUCCUUCUCAUGGCUAUCUUUGAGAAGUUUCUCAGGUCCAGGUCAUCAUCAUCAUCAAACAACAACAGCUCAAACUCUCCCAGUAAUAUCACUCGUUUGGACCUUGAGAACCAGAUCGUCUAUGGUGGAAAACUCGAUUACCCUUCUCCCAAAAUGACUGUUUAUGCGAGAGGUGUAUCAGUAUUAAUGCCCGGAGAGAAAAUUCCCACCUUCAUUGCUCACCAUGCACCAGCACCAGCACCAGCACCAGCACCAUGUCCUCCAGAGGGAAUCUUAAGACCUUUUCAUACUCAAAACGAAGACCACUCUUUCAAUCUUUCCUCCAAUAAUGAAGGGUAGUGAUAUAGUGUAGUCAAGUAAAAAUAACGACAUUCAACUAAGAACACAAACACUUGGUGGAAAACAAAGCAUGAGAUUAUUAUAUAUAUAUAUGUCUCUUGUGUAUAGAGCUAGGGAUAUAUAUAUAUAUAUAUAUAUAGCCUGAUGAGUUGUUGUGAUUCUUUUUUUCCCAUCAUCCCAAUGUUCUUCUUCACUUGAGGCCUGUUUUUGUAAAGAGAUUGUUUGGGUUACUUUCUUCUUAGUUGCUUGCCUCAAAAA